AUAUUAAAUUAAGCUUGAUAUAAUUAUUUAUUUUUAUUAAUUUUCAGUUAAACCCAUUUUAUUAAACCUUUUAUUAUACAGUUGAUUCUGUAUUGGUGUCUUAUAAAUACCCCUUAAAUGAUGAAUGUCGUCAAGAGGCUUUCUAGAUUAGCACCGGCUAUUCGAACUACGUUAUCGCCAAACUUAAUAGCUUUACGAUUUGCGUCCACACCAUCAAUUACUUCAAUACCAUCACAAAUAUCCAAAGAAAAUGUAUUGCCCACGAUGGAAUUGGAUAAAUUGUACAAGAGAGUGGAGCUCGAAAUGAGAGGCAUUGAUGCUGCUGUAUUGCUUAGUUACUCAUGGUUCUGUGUGGCAGCCGCAUCUCACUUGGGCAUUGAAGUCACAAAGAAUUGGGCAUUGAGAAAAGCAGAGAAGGAGAGACAUACUCUUUUAAGAUGUGUGCACAUUUACAAGAAACAUAAGGUCCAGUACGAGAUCAGAACAUACUUCAGAUUUAUACAUUUACAACGUCUAACCGGGUCUACAUGCGAUACAUAUUUAGAAUAUAUUCAAAGGAAUUUACCAGAAGGAUGUGCCUUAAAGGUCACCAAAAUUGAAUGUCAGAAAUUACCAGAUCAUAUAACACCACCCACUGUCGAGUAAUCAUAAUUGUAUUAUUAUAGUAUAGAUAUAGACAAGAAAAAUAAAAACUAAUAUGA